CCUCCCCUUCUCACACGGUUUUCUCGUUGGUGCGUUGGUUGGCGUUGUAUAGGUGUAUUGUCGAAGGGGGGUGGUCGCUGUUUACAAGCCAAAGUUGUGGAAACAAAAUAGAGAUUUUCCAAUUUUCUGCACUAGAGCCGGCAAAACAUCGAAAGCAGCUAUCGAUAGUGUAGGCCGCAUCGAUGAUCGCAAGCUUCAAUAGCUAUCGGUUUUUUGACCUAACGGCCGGUUUGAUACAUUUCCCAAACUAUCUUAUUACCCAUCUCAAUUUGAAACGUCAAAAAAUUAAAUUAACUAACGAAAAGCAAUGGAUUCCGGAAUGUGCCGUGUCUGCAUGAGGGAGAUGGAGAACAUGCUAAGCGUCUUCGAAACGAUGCCGCUACCCGGCGUUUCCCUAGCCACCAUGAUUUCCCUGUGGCGCGGCACUCCGGUUCUACCAAAGGAUACCUAUCCCAAGACCAUUUGCCAGUCUUGUGCUCGGGAUGCGCAGAGGGCUUACGAAAUGGACAACGUGCAGGUAGAAGAGAUAGUGAUGGAGGAGACAAUCGAUGUCGGUCAGUUAAUGUUGGGCACAAUUGACUUGACGAACGAUCCACUGGCGGACGACGUAGAAAUUCUGUGCCCCAACUCAAACUCCAACGGGGAUGGUGGCAAUGUGAGCAAGACUGGCAAAGCAAAAAAGGUUAGGGUUCCUAAGCCGCUGAAGAGUGGACCAUAUAAAUGUGACAUAUGCCCCAAGUCUUUCAUGUUACCUGCCCACCUUAAGUGUCACAUGUGGGUCCAUGCUAGUGAAAGACCUCACAAAUGCUUGCAAUGCUCCAAGUCCUUCGCACAAAUCCGCAGUCUUAGGCGCCAUAGGCUCGUACAUACUUCGAGACCUGAAGAAGGAAGCUCCUUCUUCAAAGGAAGCUCUUCUCUUAAGGACCAUGAGACCAAGCACGCCAAAUAAAGCAAAUCCAAGAAGAACGACCACGAUACAAAAGCGAAUGCAACGUGUUACCAGGGUAAGGGGAUCUCCGGAAAGCGAACACCUCCAAAGUACCUUACAACGAUUAUACUUAUUUUUGUCGAUCCGAUAUAUGAUCGUGGGAAUA